AUGAAGCUUCGUUUGUGGUCCGAAAAGACCAAGGAUGUUGAUCGCAAUGGCGGCGAUUCCAUGAACGACGAUGACGAUGACAGUCUAUCUCUGGGUGACUCCUCGGGGGAAGAAGAAGAGUCGUCCGUUGAGUUUCAUACAAGCACGCACGGGAGCGAUUCCGGCAAGAAGUCAGCCACAUCCGAGGAAUCGAGUACCAACCGGAUCGCUCACUCAGAAACCAAGGCCGUCACUCGGUCCAAGAUUCUUUUUCUUCUCAUCAUUGCUGCGGCCGCGGCUGGAGUUGGUACCGCGACUUUUUUCUUUACAAGAAAUAAACAAAAGGACGAAUUCCGUGCCGAGUUCAACAACUUUGCCAAACAGCUCAUUGACGAAUCCGAAAACAACGCCCGUAGCGUGUUUGGUCAGCUACAUAUUCUUUCGACCACACUUUCAACCUUUGCCACUGAUACCAAUCAAACAUGGCCAAACAUGACUCUCACCCAUUUCGCAGUGAGAGCCGCAGAGAUACGUGAAUUUACUGGAGUCGAGCUCGUUGUUCUUGCCCCACUGGUGCAUGUCGACGAAAAAGAAGAAUGGGAACGGUAUGCCUGGGAGCAUCAGAAAGAGGCUUUCGAAAAUGACCACAUUUACUAUCUAGGAAGUGAAAAUCAGACCGAACAGGACAUUGGAACUAUAACCACAGCAAUUUACCCGUUUCCUACUUCGACUCGACAACUGUCUGGCGAUGUCCACCGCCGACGAGUUCAGGACCAAGAUCAUGGCGACCAUGACGUACCACGAGAAAACAAUCGUGCGGGUCUACCUGCAGGAGUUUCGGUCCCUGUGUGGCAGUUUGGACCUCGUGUUCGUGUAGCUUCUUUGGCUCUGCUCGACCUCUAUAGCUAUCCCCCCUUCGAGAUCAUCGUGAACAACGUGUUCGAUAGCAAUCAAGCUCUUCUAUCAGGGAUCGUCAAUCUUGAUGUACUUGAAAGGUACGUUGACCUGGGUGAAAACGAUCAAAGCAAAUUGAGAAGUGUGCUUGCCCAGCCCGUUUUCAAAUCUCUACACGAUCGGAAUUUGGAAGUGGUCGGAUUUCUCUUCGGCGUUCUCCGUUGGCAAGAUCUCUUUGAAAACAUCUUACCACAAGGAGUCGACGGGCUUGUUGUGAAUAUGAAAGACUCUUGUGGAGCUGGCUUCAGUUUUGAAAUUAAUGGCCGCGAAGCUCUGUUCACAGAAGAUGAUCGAACACGCGAUUCCUUGUACAACGAUAUGGUGAUCCGAGCUCCAUUUGCUCGUUUUGCUACUGUAGAGGAAGACGACAAGACAAAUAAAGGUUGUACAUACGAGCUCGAGAUUUACCCAUCGCAAAAAUUCGAGGCGACUUUUGAAUCCAACGAGCCUUGGCUUUUUACAAGUGUGGUUGUCCUCGUGUUCUUAUUCACUGCUGUUGCGUUUAUGAUUUACGACGUGAUGGUUCAACGCCGGCAGGACAAGGUCAUGAAUACAGCCAAGCGGACCCGAGAUAUUGUCACUUCCCUCUUUCCGAAGGACGUUGGACUAAAGCUUAUUGAAGAUGCCCAAGCUCAAGCAGCAUUGGAAGCAAAUGCAAAGAGAGGACAUUUGUCGAGUAAAGCAAGUCUCAAAUCAUACUUAGAUGGGACAGGUGAUCACAUGCAAGAGAACAGCAAGCCUCUGGCGGAUUUGUUCCCAGCAACUACGGUGGCAUUUGGCGACAUUGUGGGGUUCACGGCGUGGUCUUCCACAAGGGAGCCUUCUCAGGUUUUUACUCUUUUGGAAACUAUCUACCGAGAGUUUGACGAUAUUGCGAAACGUCGAAGAGUUUUCAAGGUUGAAACGGUCGGAGACUGCUACGUAGCUGUUUGCGGUCUGCCCGAUCCUCGUAAAGACCACUACGUUGUGAUGGCUAGAUUUGCCCGUGACUGUCUUCAGCGAAUGCAAGUAGUUUUGAAACGGUUGGAGGUACAGUUAGGGCCCGAUACCGCGGAAUUAGGGAUGCGAUUUGGUCUGCAUUCCGGUCCUGUCACAGCUGGCGUUCUUCGGGGUGACAAGGCUCGUUUUCAGCUUUUUGGCGAUACAGUCAACAUGACAGCUAGGAUUGAAAGCACAGGUCAAAAAGAUCGCAUUCAUCUUUCGCAGGACACUGCUGACCUUUUGGUGGCUUCCGGCAGGAGCCAUUGGGUGCAUGCUCGGGAAGAAACCGUGCACGCGAAAGGAAAAGGAGAAAUCCAGACGUUUUGGCUGGAAAUCAAGGGAGAGCCGACCAAGUCUACAACAUCCGCAAGCACCAACUCUGAUGAUCAGAAUGCUCCAUCCGAUCCCAAAAGUGCUUUUUCAGCCUCAGUUCCGAGGACCGCAAAAGAAGAGCGGCAUGCUCGACUUGUUGAUUGGAACGUAGACUUGCUUCAGAGGCUUCUCAGAGAAAUUAUUGCGCAAAGGCAAGCAAUUGGAACAGAGGUGGAUUCUUCAGAGACAAUAAGAUUGCUGGAGCAAGCAAUUGCCUCAGAUUCCAAGAUCGUGCUGGAUGAAGUGAAAGACGUCGUUGCUUUGCCUAAGUACAACUCCAAAAUAGCCCAAAAAUGGUCAAAGCAAGAUUCAGUGCAGCUUGAUGACAAGAUUGUUGGCCAGCUUCGCGACUACAUUCGCACAAUAGCGGCCUUGUACCGAGACAAUCCUUUCCACAACUUUGAGCAUGCUUCCCAUGUGACCAUGUCGGUGGUUAAGCUUUUGUCUCGAAUAGUCGCACCAGAUCUAAAUAUCGUGGAAGAUGAUUGCGACACAAACAAGAGUCUCCACGACCAUACAUACGGGAUUACAUCAGAUCCGUUGACGCAAUUCGCUGUGGUUCUAUCGGCGUUGCUUCACGACGUUGACCACACUGGUGUCCCCAACGCUCAACUCGUUAAGGAAGAGUCGGGAAUUGCCGCCGUUUAUCGCAAAAAAAGUGUUGCCGAACAGAACUCGGUUGACAUUUCGUGGAAUUUACUUCAAGAGGAAGUAUAUACUGAUCUACGCCGGUGUAUUUACGGCAACGGUCAGGAAUUACAACGUUUCCGCCAACUUGUUGUAAAUACUGUCAUGGCGACAGAUAUUAUGGACAAAGAGCUCAGCGCGGAUAGAAAGUCGCGAUGGAACAUCGCUUUUGCUCAAGGCGAAGUUGGGAGCUUUCCCCUUCAUGAAAAUGUAUGGACAAGUGUCAACCGAAAGGCAACAAUCGUAAUCGAGCAUCUAAUUCAAGCAUCGGAUGUGGCGCAUACUAUGCAACAUUGGCAUAUUUACCGAAAGUGGAAUGCCAAGCUCUUUGAAGAAUGCUAUGCGGCUUACAAAGCUGGGCGUGCAGACAACGAUCCGGCAGAACAGUGGUACGAGGGCGAGAUUGGUUUCUUUGACUACUACAUCAUUCCACUUGCCAUGAAAUUAAAAUCCUGUGGAGUAUUCGGCGUAUCCAGUGAUGAGUACUUAAACUAUGCCCGCCAAAAUAGGAAGGAAUGGGAAAGCAAGGGCCGCGAAAUAGUUGCUGAACUUGUUGAAUCUGAAAAGCUUCGAGAAAGCGUGUGUCACAAGAACACUGGUGCCCAAAUUGACUGUCAACAGUGAGGCAUUAGAAAGAAUAUUUAAUUUGCAAACUUUCAUGUUCUGA